CCCAAGGGGGUCGGAGCCGAGCUGCGCGUGGUGGUGGGACAUUCCACGGCGGGCGUGUACAGAUGUGAGGCGUCGGUGCGCGGGUUCCCGGACCUGCAGGGGCACAUGCGGGUCCUGCUGAAGGGGCCUCCGCAGAUCGUCAGUGCGAGCGACCAGCAGGGCAGGAAGGGGGAGACGGUCUCGCUGGAAUGUAGCACUGUCUCCAUCCCGAGUCCCAUAAGGGUCACCUGGACUUACAACGGUCAAGAAAUUGAUUUUAGUGACCCCCGCUACGACUUGGUGGAGGACGAGGAGAAGGAGGGCGUGCGCAACUACCUGGUGAUCCACGACGCCGACGAGGAGGACUUCGGCGCCUACAACUGCUCUGUCGUGAACGAGUACGGCGUCGCUCAAAUGCUCAUCCGCCUCAAGCAGGAAAAGACGCUGCCUGUAUAUGCGCUAGUGUGGGGCAGCCUCGGCCUCAUCGUGACAGGCCUCGUGGUGACCGGCAUCAUCGUGUGCACGCGACGCCGGGCCAUCAUCCGAGAUACCCCGAUGCCAGAAAAGCCCCUUUCAGUGAUGGUCGUACCUGGACUGCCAGCUGUUAACAUGUACUCUGUUUCCUCCGACUCGAAGCUCUGGCAGGGCCUCACCCCUACUCCCACGCCCACGCGCACGUCCACGCCAUCUCCCCUCAACAUGGACGCUUUGACGCCUACUGCUACUGUCCCGCCUACACAUACGUUUAGCAGCCUCAGCCAGGACUCGGACAGGGCCUUCAUCGUCGACCCUGACGCCGAGGGGGGCCGGGGCUACGUUCCUUUCGUCGACUACGACAGCUGUGAUUACGCGCCGCCAUCCACGGGUCGCCGGGUCUCCUGCAACGACGUGGGCCUACACCGACCCUCCCCUCGCCCCCUGAGAAAAUUCCUGUCCCUAACUUCUGCACCACCAUCAGGAGGGGCAGGGCCCGGGAUAUGUAACUCACGAGGCUGGCGAGACAAAGCUUGUGCCUACCGAUUACCGCACCGCCACGCUUCCUCGUCGCAGCCGUGGUGCUUCUCGCGUCAAAGUCACUCAUAA